AUGGGUGGGCCUUCAAACCAAGUUUCCGAGGUCGAAUCUGCGCCAUUCACACCACCACUGCCCAUGGGUUAUGAAAACCCAAUCCCUUCCUACGCCGAUGCAGCGGCGUAUAACCCGUUUGAGCAGCCAGCUUACUCGGGUUACAACUACUACAAUGCCCCUAGUGUUGACCCUUACCUUGAGGCAUCCAACUACAAUGCUCUUCAUCCUGAAGGACCCUUUCAGGCUGCAUACCCAACUGGGUACCCGGUAUAUGGGUAUCAAUACCCACCACCUCCUCAACCUCCGCAGCAGCAGCAGCCGCAGCCGCCACAGAUUCAACCACCGCAGCAGCAGGAAAUCCUUCAGCGGUUGCACGAGGUGGAGCAACAGGUUGAAGAGGAGUGUAGGAGCCGCUUUACCAUGCAAUCAAGCUACAUGGCUGAAUCAGAUGAAGUUAAUAGUCACCCGAGGGAGAAUAAUGAUACCACCAGAGUUAAUGUGGCUGGUGCAGAACUACAGGCAUUAAUAGAUAAUGCCGUUACUCGAGCCCUUGACAGACAGUUUAAUGAGUCAAGUGGAACACGUUCCAGAACUCAAUCUGUACCUCAUACAAAACCACCCUCCAAGACUCAUACAUCCCACAAGAGCGAUUCUCAUCAUUCAUCAAAUUAA